AGUUUUCCACUUUUGCUUUUAAUUUUUAAAUGCGCUCGUCUGGGCUCGUCUGAGCUCGUCUGAGUUCCGGACGUAUUAUUAUUUACAUUUAUAGCAUUGCAAAUCUGGGAAUAUGUUCGAGUAAGAUUUCCCAGUUACUGAGUUAUGCGAGGAUUCCUGCUCGAUAACGGAUCGAACUUCUUGGGGGCUCCCAAACGCGAUAGCAGCUUACUGCGAAGCAGAACGUGAGUUCGGGUUCUGUGGAGGACUUAUCGUUUGAUGUGGAUUUGUUAUUGUUGUUGAGUGGUUCUUGGAUUUUAAUCUGCGGUGAUCAUUUCGGGAAAUGUCAUCCAGCAGCUCCAUCUCUUCCGAACACCUGCGCUCAUCCGACAUGGAGGUGGAUGAUGACGAUGCGGAUGAUCUGGACAUUAUGCCGACCGCUCGUCCGCUGCACUGGGAUUCGGACGGCGACGACGACACGCCGCAGUAUCAGUCCAAGUUCGGUCGGCGCCGCGGCGAUGAGACCCUGGAGGAACUGGUGGACAGCCUCCCUUCCACUGACCGCAUUAAAAUCCGCCACAUCGCCAAGAAGAAGGAGGCCCAGGCGCGUCUGCACCAGCGGACCAUCCCGCCGGCUUUCGUCAAUAACCACGUGGUCCCUCCGGGAUACGAGCCACUGGUUGCGCGACGUCAAAUGAUCAUUUUCGAUCCGAUCGCGGUGAGCCGCAACACCCGGCUUUCCAUGGAAUCCAAUCUGGCUUUGUAUAAACAGCGCGGCGAAGCGGCGCGGCAGCAGCGUUUGAAUUCGGCGCAAUGAAGGAAUGUUUGUUGGAACUCUCCAUGCAACUCUGUAAUUAUAUUAGCAUGUGUUGAGGCUUUUUAUGUGUGGUAAAUUUUUAGUUUAAAAAAUUUGUACUCCUGAUGCAUAUCUGUGUUGUGUAAAAAAGGUGGUUUUUAAUUUUUUACGUUUUAAUCAUUUGUACGACGAUCACUGUAUAAACUAUAUCCAGAAUUGUUAAGGGAAUUUUCUCGUCUCUUGUGAUGCCUGCUUCAUUCUUGCUGUUUUACGCAAGAUGAAGUGUAAGAUUUGUUGUAUUUCUAAGAGACAAGCUAUAAA